AUUCCAAUUUUUCAUUUCUUUUUAUUUGAAUCCCAACGCUGUAUCUGUUUUCCAACGUUGUCUCCCAACUACAUCAUCGUUAUCGCCUUAUCGCGGUCUUACUAAGUCAAACCUCCGACCUCCGACCUCAAAGCUGCCACAUCCACGUCCACAUCUCCACCUAUCUACCUUUGAUCCUCCCGGUCUAUCACAUCUACUACAAUGUCAAACCCAACUACCCAGAAGGCCGAUGCCACAGAGCAGGCCCCGCCACAAGUCAAGCCCCAAGUCCUAGAGGAAGAUGACGAGUUCGAGGAUUUCCCCGUUGAAGACUGGCCCCAAGAAGAAGCCGAACAGACCAAUGGCUCGACAGCAAAUGACGGUAGCGAGCACCUGUGGGAAGAGAGCUGGGAUGACGAUGAUGCGGCGGAGGACUUCUCAAAGCAGCUCCAGGAAGAAUUGAAGAAAGUCGAAGCAUCGGCUUAGACCUAGAUGAGACCGAACAAGCACACCAAAAAGAGAUAACCCCCGCGUCGGGUUUCGGGAUGGGUUCAUUAUCGAGUUGGCUGGCCAUUUCAUCUCGCACACUAUACCCCCCUGUCUUUGGAACCAAUGGGAGGAUUCAGAAACCAUAAUUGCCGCAUGCAUUUGUCGGGAGCUUGUCGGGGAGGGAAUGAGACACGGUUCUUUUGACUUUUUUUUACGAUUCAUUACUCGGAGCGCAGAUCUUGCUUUCUGGAUUACUAUCAUGAUGUUUUCUUUGAUGUUU